GCAGAACUUUCACACUUGAGCUGGAGAAACUUUAAUCUGCAGCUGAAGGGAGGACAAACUGUCCAGAGUAACAAACAAUCUGGAAAAAUUACAUUUUGAACAGAAAAAUGGACAUUUUACUCUCUAGACUGCUGUUGUUGAUAGCGCUUCUGUCUUGCGUUUCUUCUGUGGAUAAACUCAACAUGUGUAUGGACGGCAAACACCAGAUAUCAGAGCCCCGACCAGAAGGACAGCUCUAUCAGCAGUGUGAACCAUGGAGAGAUAACGCGUGCUGCACAGCGAACACUACAGAGGAAGCCCAUGUGGAUAACUCAUACCUGUACAACUUUAACUGGAAUCACUGUGGUAUCAUGAGUGACAAAUGUAAGAAGCAUUUCAUACAGGACACGUGUUUCUAUGAGUGCUCGCCGCACCUCGGGCCCUGGAUACAGCCGGCGGAAGAGUCAUGGCGUAAGGAACGGAUCCUGGAUGUGCCGUUGUGUUUGGAGGACUGUGAGAACUGGUAUGAAGACUGUAAAAAUGAUUUCACUUGCAAAGACAGUUGGCACAAGGGCUGGGACUGGAGCACAGGCACUAAUCGUUGUCCGAAUGGCGCUCUCUGCAGUCGGUGGACCGAUAUUUUCCCGAACGCUCAGAGCAUGUGUGAGAAGAUCUGGUCAAACUCCUACAAGUAUACCACCCUCACCAAAGACAGCGGUCGCUGCAUGCAGAUGUGGUUCACAGGUCCGAACCCCAAUAAGAAAGUGGCUGAAUACUACCUCAAUGGUGAUGCUGAGACGGUCACCGUGGCAAUGGGCCUGCACCUGUUUGCAUUUCUCCUGAUGCUGCUGCUCUGAAAUCUACCAGAAUAAUGAAAAUAUAAGAAUUGAGGCCAUGAAUGGACUUCUUUCUCUUAAUAUUUCUCGGAUCUCAAAAUCAGUGUUUCCACUAAUGUGUCUAAUGGAGAAAUGUUUAAACCCAUUUUAAUGGAGGAAAAUGAUGCAAACAUAACACAAAAAGUCUCUUGUUUCCAAAAGAUGGCAGUGUUAUUUUUCUGUCCAACCACAAAGCUGCAAAACCAAAGUGCCAACAGAAUUAAAGAUUAUAUAUAGUCAUAUUUUUCAGCCUCUUCUGGAUAGAAAGUGUGUUUGAAGCAUUGAUUUGAAUUUGAAGUUCAUGAAUUCCGUUAUAAACCAUUUAAUUGAAAACCUCUCUGGGAUUCAGAUGAAUUGGUUCAUGAUUAUUUAGUAUGUUUCAUGAUGUUUGCCCAACUGGCCUUUCUGAUUGGCCGAAAGCCAAGGCAAACGUUGAUAAGUGGGCGUUAGGGGCCGUUCAGACCGAAUGCAUUCUUGUGCUCAAACCUUAAUUUUUGUCCAAUUUUGUCCAACUUUUUUAUGUAUAUAUAUAUAAAAAUGGAAUUCUUCAUCGGAGUGGUCUAGGUCUUUGUGACUUUUCCUCUUUUUACCAUCUAAAAGUUGGUGGUUUUACAAAAAAAGUCACACAUUUUUCAUCCGACCAAAGAAAUGUAAGUAUUCAGAAACACAACCCUAAUGAUUACAAAAAUUAGCUACACUUUGACAUGCAUAUGUCUUUUAUAAUGCCUAAAUAUAUGUCCAAAUGUAUAACUUGCGAUAAUAUCUAUAAAUUAAGCUACAGGAUUGGGUUACAGACACCAUUCCACAAUAAGGGGAACACUGAGGCCACCUAUAGGCUAUACUUGACAUUGCAAUGAUAUGGUCAAAUGUUUGUCAUGUUUUUUCCAGCAGAUGGCAGCAGAUGUUCCUAAUGCAUGACACAUAGCAGUGUUUUAAUAAAUAUUAAACUUUGAUUUUUACUGAAUUGAAGGUAACAGAUGCACCGAUAUGAAAAUAUUUGGCCAAUACAAUACCGAUCUUAACAGAAAACUAUAUAAGUGAUUCCGAUAUUUUGCCACUUAUUUUGUCAUCAGAUCACUGUUUUGCUUAGGAAUUAUGCUUUAAAAAUGUACAAAGAGGCACAAAUUCUAUUUUAUUGUUCUAACAAUAAAUAACUUCUAUUGAA